UGCACCUGAACGCCUCAGCUUGCCAGGGGCGGGUAAGCGCAAACUGUGCAGCAUGGCGGACGAUGGAGACAGUUCGAGCGGACCAGUUGACACAAACGGCGGGCAGGGGGCGGCGGAGGAGUCAGACGGGCUCAGCUUGGGCGGAAUGUUCCUAAAUAUCACCGUUUUGAUCCUGGUUGUUGCGGUUUGUCUGGCGGUGUACCGGCGGUGGGGCAGGCGGCUCGUAUCCGACGGGGCCCAUGGCGACGAGGCCCCGAUGCUUACCAAGAUGAGGAGACGGGACUUCACAUUGGAGCAGCUGCGGGAGUACGACGGUGUCCAGAACCCCCGCAUCCUCAUGGCCGUGAACAUGAAAGUUUUCGACGUCACCAGCGGCAAAAAGUUUUAUGGAAAAGACGGCCCUUACGGUAUCUUCGCUGGCCGGGAUGCUUCAAGGGGCCUGGCUACCUUCUGCCUGGAAAAAGACGCUUUGAGGGAUGAGUAUGACGACUUGUCAGACCUCAACGCAGUACAGAUGGAGAGUGUGAGGGAGUGGGAGAUGCAGUUCCAAGAAAAAUAUGACUACGUUGGGAGGUUGCUGAAGCCAGGAGACGAGCCGUCAGAGUACACGGACGAGGAGGACAUCAAGGACCACCUGAAGCAUGACUGAGCUGUUCCCAUCCCACUUACCAAAGCCAGAAGCCCCCAAACAGCUGUACCAGACCACCCUGGACUACCAGACCGUCUACCCAUCCUCCUGCCCCGUUCACCAGUCACUCUCUUCUCUAGUCCCUGUCCCGAAACUCUGAAUCCGUCUGGUGCUGCGGCAGCGUUGGAAGGGAAGGAUUAAAGUCUUGGCAACCAGACCUCCUCUCCCCCUCGUCAUCCUACGAAGAUGAACGCCAACAGAAAGCUAUCAGAAGGCUUGGAGGAGCUUUAUUUUAUUUGACAGCUAAAACAUCUGGGGGCUGUUAGAUGUAGUUUGACACAAAACCCCAAAGCAUCUUGCUGAUUGGUUGAGGCAGGAGAAAUGUCGGAUGGAGGUCAGUCAGGAAUCGUCUGGUCCGGGAUAAUCAUGGCGCGCCGUGGGAAACACUUCUAUCUUUUAGUCUUCGGUUUAGACGCACAGCAACUGAAUCCGCUUCAGCUUUGGAAAACUAAUCGGUCACUCUUUUUUUUCUUUUUUUUUUUUUUUUUUUUUUUUUUUCUAUUCAGAUCGCGUCCCUCCCUCCUGGAUAAGAAGGUCGUUCCUGCGGCCUGACCAAGGGAAGUUUGGCAGGCUUUGCGUUUAUCUGUGUUUGUAGUGUAUGCACUACUAGUUUUCUUUGUUUGUCACCAUGUGAUUGUAUUUGUUAAGUAGCAUAGAGGGGACAGUGUUCCAGCCACCUUUUUUUUUUUUUUUUUUUUUCCCCUUUUCAUAUUUCUUUGCGGGGGGGGUCAAAGGUCUUUGCUACAUGAAGCUUGUUUAAAAUCUCAUCAGAUGGACUAAAUCGCUGAUUGUUGGGGGCAAAAGGGAAGGUGAUCAGGCAGUUCUAAUCAAUUGAAAAAUUGUUUACAUGCCUCACAAGCCAGCUGCAGGUCUGUAGAUUCCCCUGAAUAAUGGUCCAAGUAUUAAUCGUGCCUUAUUUCGUUUGUUGCGUCAGCGCCGAUGGCUCGAGCAGAAGGUGAGUGGAAGGAUGGAGGUGUCCGUUUUGUUCCUACACUCAGCCCCCACCCCUCCCCACCCCAGUCUUAAAAGAAGGCAUUCGUUGCUUCAGUCGUCCAUGCAGAGACUAAAUGUUCCCCCACAUCACAAACCUGUACAUAGACCCAAGAAAUUACUCAGUGUUACUGCCAUAUUUAUGUAGUGGAUGAACUCCAUAUACAUGCAAAUGCUAUGUCGUAUUGGCCAACCCCCCCUCCCCCCAACGUUUGUUUUUUUUGUUUCAUUACUUUCUAUAGUUUUAUUUUUGAAUGUGGGUGAAUUUUUCAAAAUAAAUCAAAAGCGAUUAGCAGGUGUUGCAAAAAUGCUGCAGGAUUGGACCGUUUUGUUUGUAGACAUUGCUUAUCCUGUAAAUAUAUCUAUCGUUUAUUAAAGCAUGUGCAACAACAAAGUCAGCUAUGCCGAGGUUUCACCACAUGUAUUUAAAUGUCAGGCGUGCGUGCGAAUGCGUGUUUGUGUCUGUGUGAAAGAGGCAGGAAGGGAUUUGUUCAUGCAUAAUAAAUCAAUUUGGUUAAUAAUGGUAUAUC